UGACAAGCCAGUUCAGAGUACUUACUAUUUAUUUGUCGUACAUCUGCACAUCGACAAUUCGACAUAGACGGUCUGUAUGACUGAAAGGCAUUCACACGUAGGUUUGUAGCCUGUAGCUGCCUGUAGGCACUCUCUACUCUCUCUACUAGUAGUAGCUCUACAGAGAAAGAGAGAGAGAGCCUGAGAGGCUGUAGGUCGGUUAAGACCGUGGCAUGUGGUCACAGGCUGAACAAUCGGGUAACCCGGAUCCAUACUCCAACAAAAGGUAAAUAAAUUUCUUUCGGAUUUCAUUUGAUUCUGUCAGAUUGUGCUGUACGACUCUUCUAUAUUAUAAUGUAUAGGGAUCUGAGAUACCGCGUUCACUUUCUUGUUGUUUGAUAAGCUAUAUACUAUAUAAAAAACAAACUGGUUGUUAGAGGGAAAUCACUUUCUCCACUCAGAAUAUCUUGGGAGCUGAAAAGUUAUGUUUGAUAUAUAUUAGUACAAAGUGUAGAAUCAAAUUAUAACAAUGAUAACACCUACAUCACGGGUAUUUUUGAGUGACGUUCCUACAACAAAUGAUGAUGUGGUUCCCGAAAAGACUGCUUGUGCAAAUUUGAAUCUGGAGGCUUCUUUGCAUAGUGAUAUUAUCUCUUUGCUGUUGGAUGACCCCGUGAGCGCAUCUUUGAGCUUAAUAGAAUCUGAAGAGAAGGGAGAAUCACAUAUUACAUCGGGCAAUGGGAGGCAAGACUACAAGGCUAAGGCCUGUACGAAUGGAUGCCUUGAUAACGAUACAAAGGAAGAUGAAGUAGAUAUAGUCUCUCUUUCGCGGACUGCACAGCGAACUAGUGAGACUGAAAGACAUGUCAUCAGCAAAUCGCCGCUUCUGACGAUCAAUUUUUCGAAACAGAAUUCUUUCGUUGAUUCACCCAGGCAAACACUAGGCGGUUCCGCGCAGGAAUCGCUCGAUAGUUCAAUUAACACCGGCAGUUGGGUUUUUGAAAACAACAUCGCCUACGUCGGGACAGGAGACGCGGGUGAGUUGCCACUUCGGACUCCUAGAGGUAUCCAAGGCACGGCCCUAUCAAAUUUCUCCAGGCUCUCUUUUUGGAUAGUUGCAUGCUGUGUCUUCUUGGUGACCGUUCCAAUUCUGGUUUGCCUGCUAUUGCUGCUGGAGAGUGAAGACGCAUAUAUCACCGAGUGUCACCCUAGGAGCACAUUGUCGAUUGUACUUGUGGUUGUGUGCGGAUUUCUACACUUCACUAUAUUGAUUGUGUAUAUCUCGCAAGUACUGAAGCAUCGAGAACAUCCAGCUUUGAAAGUCAGAGGUCACUUCUUCUUGUGGCAAAUAUGCACUCUGGCUCCAUUCGUGCCGAUUGUAUGUACUCUGAACUCGCUCGGAUUCUUGGGCGUUCUGUCGGGCGACUGCAUCUUCACUUUCGGAGGAAUCGGGGGUGAGUCUAAUUUAUGGACUUGGAAAAGCAAUUAUGUUUUGAUCAGCACCCAGGCCGCAAUCAGAUUCUUUUCCAUUAUGUUCUUCGCGGCUAUUAUCGCCAGACAACGAACCGUAUAUCUGCUAUUUGUGAAGCACGCUGACGAAUUUCGCACUUACACUCGCAAACGGCUGCUUAAACAAUACAUGUAUCCUAAUGUUAUAUGUCUCCUGGUGUGGUUUAUCACCGAGGCUGUGUAUCAAGUCUGUACUUGCCUACUGAGAUAUGGUCAGACAGACUUUGGAACAACGGCCGAAUUUUCAAGUGCCAUUUCAAUGAUAGGUAUACUCGAACGGGCCCUGUCAACAUUGGCAAUCGUCAUUGCUUUUUCGUAUUACGCAUUCGAAACUAGAAACGUGGAAGUAUUCAGUGAUUGGUCGGCCAACGCGCGCACCAUUGCGAUGUUCAGUAUAGGUACUGUAAUUCAGGGAGUGUUCAAGCUUGUGACAGGCGCAAUUCUUUGGUCCGGGUUCCUGAACGGCGCUCUGGUGAUGUCCCUGGUUACCAUGUAUUUCUUGGAUUCGUUCACUGCCGCCCUGAUUGAUAUUCAUGUGGGCUUAAAUGAGCAGAAUUGGGCCAACCGGGGCAAUUUGGACACCACUGUGAUUAUUGAGAACGCGAAUGUCAAGUGAGUCAUGACCUAAUACUGUAGACCAAUAAUUCAGCAGUGCAUUCUAAUCGCACACCCUCGGGCUCAUGCCCACCUCAGUCUCAACGGCGAACACUCGCGGUGUUGAAGGCAGGCAGCUGUCUGGAAGUAUAGUAUACCCCGACAGAAUGACAACCAAUUACGUGUGACUGAAGAAAGUGCGCACAAAUUUAGUAGUGGGCCUCCAAUUCACCUCACACAGUUUGUGCGUAGUUUGUGAUGUGGAUCACGCACAGUACUAACUGUUAGCAACCCCGACCAACGAAUAAAUAUCGUGAUCCCAAA